AUGGAGAUGAUUGCACAAUCUUUGAAACAAAGGAAUCUUGGGGUUAUUUAUGCUUCUGAAAGCGAAAGCAAUACCGCGACAGAUAUCAGUGACAAAAGGCUUCUUGAACCUGUAGGUGAUAGAGAUUCGAGACACAUUGGGUUCAGGGUUCAGAUGCCAGAUGCGUUUGAAAUUGCUUCUAGUGAAGUAACUGUUGGGCGUCUCCCUGAUAAGGUAGAUGUGGUGAUUCCAGUUGCAACAGUAUUGGGAGUUCAUGCUCGUAUUCAGAGGAGAGGGGGGAAUCUUCUGGUGACAUACUUGAAUAGUACCAAUGGGACCUUCAUAAAUGACCAGAGGUGUAGGGGAUAUUCAUUUGGCAAUAUUUCGUGUCCGGAGCUUGAGAAUGUAGACAUUGCUGAGAGUAAUGCUGCAACUGAGGCAGACUAA